GCGCACUGCUUUGAAGGAGAAAGAGCAACAAUCGAGAGCAUUCCUUUUGAACCAAUCAAAAGAGACCACUGCAGUGAUCAGAAGGAAGCCAGUCUCCGAAUUUAGUCCGCACAAAGUCUUAAAUCUUGAAAGAAUCCGAAAUGUCGGCUGGAAAUAACCCUGAUGAUUUGGCUACCGCAAUCCUCCGUCGCAAAGACCGUCCCAACAGACUCAUUGUUGAGGAGGCCAGCAACGAUGACAACUCGGUCGUCGCCCUUUCACAAGCAAAAAUGGACGAGCUUCAGCUCUUCCGAGGAGAUACAGUUCUCAUCAAGGGCAAACGCAGGAAAGAGACUGUGUGCAUAGUUCUCUCAGAUGACAACUGCCCUGAUGAGAAAAUCCGCAUGAACAGAGUGGUCAGAAACAACCUCAGGGUCCAUCUGUCAGAUUUGGUGUCAGUGCAGGCUUGCCCUGAUGUCAAGUACGGCAAGCGCAUCCACGUUUUGCCCAUUGAUGACACAAUAGAAGGUCUCACAGGAAACCUGUUUGAAGUGUAUCUGCAGCCGUACUUCAUGGAGGCGUACAGGCCAGUGCACAAGGAUGACAUGCUCAUAGUGCGUGGUGGCAUGCGUGCGGUUGAAUUCAAGGUUGUUGAGACUGAUCCUUCACCCUUCUGCAUUGUGGCCCCAGACACUGUCAUCCACUGCGAGGGAGAAGCCAUCAAACGUGAAGAAGAAGAGGAGAAGUUGAAUGCAGUUGGAUACGAUGACAUCGGAGGUUGUCGCAAACAGCUGGCCCAGAUCAAAGAGAUGGUGGAACUGCCUCUGCGGCACCCAUCCCUCUUCAAGGCCAUCGGUGUCAAGCCACCCCGUGGUAUCUUGCUGUACGGCCCUCCCGGCACUGGCAAAACUCUGAUCGCCCGAGCUGUGGCCAACGAAACUGGAGCUUUCUUUUUCCUGAUCAACGGUCCGGAAAUCAUGAGCAAACUGGCUGGAGAAUCAGAAAGCAAUCUUCGCAAGGCUUUUGAAGAGGCGGACAAAAACUCUCCUGCUAUCAUCUUCAUCGACGAGCUUGACGCUAUUGCUCCAAAGAGAGAAAAGACCCACGGAGAGGUCGAGCGACGCAUCGUGUCACAGCUGCUGACCCUUAUGGAUGGCCUGAAGCAGAACUCUCAUGUCAUCGUCAUGGCUGCCACCAACAGACCAAACUCCAUUGAUGCUGCUCUCAGGCGGUUUGGACGAUUUGACCGUGAAAUUGAUAUUGGCAUUCCUGAUGCUAUUGGCCGUCUGGAAAUUUUGAGGAUUCACACAAAGAACGUCAAGCUUGCUGAUGACGUUGAUCUCGAACAGAUUGCAGCUGAAACUCAUGGUCACGUCGGUGCUGAUGUUGCUUCUCUCUGCUCUGAAGCUGCCUUACAACAGAUUCGUGAGAAGAUGGACUUGAUCGAUUUGGAGGACGACCAGAUUGAUGCUGAAAUUUUGAACGCUCUUGCUGUCUCCAUGGACAACUUCAGAUAUGCCAUGGGCAAGAGCACUCCCAGCGCUCUGCGUGAGACAAUCGUGGAGGUGCCCAACAUUACUUGGGAGGACAUCGGAGGUCUUGAGAAUGUCAAGCGUGAGUUGCAGGAACUGGUGCAAUACCCUGUCGAACAUCCAGACAAAUUCCUCAAGUUUGGCAUGCAACCGUCUCGAGGUGUGCUCUUCUAUGGCCCACCUGGUUGCGGCAAGACCUUGCUCGCCAAGGCCAUUGCAAACGAGUGUCAGGCCAACUUCAUCUCUGUCAAGGGACCUGAACUGCUCACUAUGUGGUUUGGUGAAUCUGAGGCCAACGUCAGGGAUGUCUUUGAUAAGGCUCGUUCUGCUGCCCCUUGUGUGUUGUUCUUCGACGAGUUGGAUUCCAUCGCUAAGUCUCGUGGUGGCAAUGUGGGAGAUGCUGGUGGUGCCGCCGACAGAGUUAUCAACCAAAUCCUCACAGAAAUGGACGGUAUGGGAGCUAAAAAGAACGUCUUCAUUAUUGGAGCCACAAACAGACCUGACAUCAUUGACCCUGCAAUUCUGCGUCCUGGCCGUCUGGAUCAGCUCAUCUACAUUCCUCUCCCUGAUGAAAAGUCCAGGGAGGCCAUCUUUAGAUCAGGACUGCGCAAGUCCCCUGUUGCAAAGGACGUCGAUCUGCCCUACAUUGCCAAAGUGACUGCAGGUUUCUCUGGCGCUGACUUGACUGAAGUUUGCCAACGAGCUGUCAAGUUGGCCAUCAGGCAGAGCAUUGAAGCUGAGAUUCGCAGGGAGAGAGAAAGGGCUGCUGGUCAGGCCAUGGAGAUGGACGACGAAGACCCGGUGCCUGAGAUCACAAAGGCUCACUUCGAGGAGGCGAUGCGUUUCGCCCGUCGUUCAGUGUCUGACAAUGAUAUCCGCAGAUACGAGAUGUUCUCCCAAACCCUUCAGCAGUCACGAGGAUUCGGCACCAACUUCCGAUUCCCCGCUGCCACUGGCAACGCCAGCAACCAGUCUCAGGGUGGUACAGGAGGAGCUCCUGACCGAGAUCAAGCUGCGUUCCAAGACGAAGAGGACGACCUGUAUGGUUAAGCUGCAACGCAUCGGCUUAGGUUCAAUGAAUGCCUGGAUUAGUUAAAUUUAUCCACUAUCUAAUUGUUCAGUUAUCUUCAUUCAAUAAGUUGCGACAAGUCUCCGCGUGUAAUUCAUUUAACAAAGACAUGCUAUUUUCAAGUAUAAUUAUUAUCAUGGUUGUCAUUAUUUGCCUUGAUUCGAGUGUCGUAAUUUAUUCUCUACAUCGCCAUGCAGUUGGAGACAUGGAAUUUUCUUCAUUCUAGUUUUGCAGCUUGAUUUUUAUAUGCAUUUCUAAGUUAGGCUGUCAAAAAUGGUAUUGCAGAAGGACAACACGAACAUUGUAUGCACUUUGAAAUAAAAGCUUACAAAAAUGUA